AUGAACAUAGUAAAAUGGAUAGUUCUUAUUUUUUGUUUUGCUGGAUGGUAUUAUUUAGUUCAUCACCAAAGAGUAUCUGAUUUAGAAUUAAUCUUUAAAUAUAAGUACAGUGGAAAUCCAACAAGCGAAUUAAAUGCUGUUCCAUUAGUUACAGAUAUUGAUGGAGAUGGAAUUAACGAUAUAGUAUUAACACCAUUUGCAUCAAAGAAACUAUCUAUAUAUUCUGUUAAGAAAGGAAGUUUAGUAUUAAAAAAAGAAGUUGAUUUACCAGAGAAGUCAUUUCCUAUUUACAUCACAAGUGGAUAUGAUAAACAAUAUAAUAACACUGAAAAAAGGUCACAAAUCAUCAUUGUGAUUAUGAGAGAUUUUGAAGUUAUUUGUUUUAAUCCUGAUUUAACUAUUCGUUGGAGACAAAAUUAUUAUAAACCAAAAGCCAAAGCAUAUGUACAAGAAGUUAGUGCUAUUAUCGUUCCUUAUGAAAUUCAAACUCAAUAUCAAGGAGCUGUUAUUGCAGCAUUUAGAACUUCAUAUGAUGAAAAUCUUUCUGGAAAUAGAGUUGAUAAAGAAUUUGAAGAAGAUUUUAGAGUUACCCUUCAACAAACAUUUGAGGAACAAAAAGAAGAUUUGGUUAAUGAUGACUUUGAUCCAGAAGAUAUGUUAAAAGAACAUAUGAAUUAUUAUGCAUUUAGUACUAAAGAUGGUCAACUAAUCUGGCAACAUGAAACUGAUGAAAAAGAUGAAUACCUAGAAUUAAUAGAACAAAAUACUGAUGAAAUUGAAAAAUAUAAGAAGUUCAAAAUAUUUAGUUCAUUUACAGAAGAAUUUGGUGAGAUACAAUGGCAUGAAUUCCAUGAUGCUGUAUUUCAAAAUAUGCCACACCAAUGGACAUCGUAUUAUGAUACUAAAAAUAACUCCUUCUCAUUUUGCACGAGAUAUGAUAUUAAAUACCCAUAUAAUUCAUUCGAUUUAAUUAAAAAUCCUAAUGUAUUUGUUGUACAUCAAAAAAAUGGUAUUGAAGUUAUUCACCUAUUUACAGGAAAACCAUUACUUCAUGUUUCAUUAUCUAGUUCAACAAUGUCUUCAGCAAGUGCAUUUGCUGAUAUUGAUGGAGAUGAUUCAUUAGAUGAAGUAUUUACUCACCAAAUUGCACAUACAUUAGACUAUUCAAAAGUUGAUGAUGAUAUUAGUUGUCAAGUUCAAGCCAUGACAAUGGGAAAUUUCCAAUUUUUAUUCUCGCAGAAUGCAUGUACUAAAUCUCGUAGAUUCGAUUUAUUAAGAAGAAGAGAAGAAAGUACUGAAGUUAUCAUUUUACCACCAUUACUAAUUCCAAAUCAAGAAAUAGCCCAUGACGGUAGACCUAAAUUUGACAUUAUACUUUUAAAUAAUCUAGGGCUAAUGACGUCUGUAUCAAAUAACGGUGCAUUAAAGUGGCAGGCUGAAGUUCAAUCAUAUUGGGAUAUUGAAGAAAAGAAUGCUAAAACUUUCAAACCUGCUUUAGUGUCAUUCAAAUUCACUUAUGGAAAGAAUGAAACAGAUCCAUUUAUUGUAUCACAAGGAAGUAGAUUUGUAAAUGUUGUAGAUUUAAAUGGUAAUGUUAUUGCUAAAAAAGAAUUUGAUCAUAUUUGUAAACCAAUUAUGCCACCAGUAUUUGGUGAUGUUAAUAACGAUAAGAAAAAUGAUAUUAUCAUUGUUACUGAUGAUCAUAUAAUGGCUUAUAAAAUGGAAGUUGUUCCUUCUGUUGAAUUCUUACCAAUUUGUAUCGCUUCAUUGAUCGUGUUAAUGUCAUACAAUAUUUAUAUUGUUGCUAUUAAUUAUUACAAGAAACUUGAGUAA